CGACACGGCCAGUGACGAUUUUAUCAGAGGCUGGAGCUGGAUCAAGACGCCAGCAAAGAUGGGGUUGUUUGCCACGGGCAGCAAGGCCCAAUCCGCCUCACGAUCGGAUCGAUCUCGCAAAGGCGCGCAGGAUAAUAAUAAACGGCCAGGGUCGUCUUCUCGGAACGCAGUACAGCGUAGGGGGAGGGAAGCCCACGAGGCAAGGCAGACCAGCUACAGAAGCAGAGAAACCACCACCGCAGCCAGGCAGGGCUACCGCCAACUAGCAGCGUGUAUGUGCGUGUGUCCAAGAAUGUCCAGCGGGUGUUUGGGGUCGUUUGGGUAGGUCAGAAGCUAGCCAUGUAUAGACAGAAGCCGCUAUUAAGCUUUUGCUUCGAUAUAGUGUAGAGAAGAUGCCGUUUGGGCCACGGCAAAAAAGAGGGGGGAAUGGGAGAGAGGAAGAUGGGAGAGGGGGAUGGAAUGCACCAAUGUGUGUGCAGCUGUAUAUGUACCUCUAUCUGGAUGUAAGUCGCCGUGCGUAAUCUGCGUGCGACGAGCGGAUUGGCGGUGGAGAUGCAGACGCAAUGCAGCUAUUAAAGCAGAGAGCAAAGGAGCAUGAGA